ACUACGAUGUAGUUUUUUAUAGUUCUAUUUUUUUAAAGCAUUUAGUCUUUUUUCCAAGGCUAUCUUUUGAAACUUCUUUCUAGUUCAAUUUCUCUCUCAACAAUAUCUACCUUAUUCCAUGGUAUUUCUAAAUUAGUAUUUCUUAUUUUAAAGUUUGCAUACACAUGUAUACUGUGUGAGCUUUUUGUUAAGUUUUGAGAAUUUUCUACAAAUUCAUUUCCCUGUGUGGGUUUGGCUCUGGCUAUGGGCGAACCACAGCAGUGGCUGAGGAUGGAAUUGCUCAGCUCUGAAUAUUAUAUAUAAUAAUAUAUAUAAUAAUUAUAUAUAAUAUUCUGAUAUAAUAUAUUCAGCUCCAGUAUCAGUCCCACCCUGUCAGAGCUCAUUCUGAGAACACUCUCUCCCUAAUAACUCUUUUUAUUUUUUCCCGUGCUUCAUUAAAACUAGAAAAAUCAAAUUUUUGGGGGAGGGAAGCAGCACAGAGAAUGUCUGCUUUGCUGCAGGAAGGGCUGUGAGCAGGCAAGCAGCUGCAGGGUGUGAAAAAAUGUUUUUGUAGCUAAGGAAUCUGAAUGGCUGAGAUUUGGGUUCAUUCCUGGCAUCUAUUAGGCCGCCCUCCUUCUUAUGGACAAGAAGUUUUAAGCCACAGGCUAAAUAUAUCUUCUGGUUUUUUCAUUCAGACAUUGUUUUGGUAUUAUUUCUCCGUGUGGGUUGUACAGAUAAAUACAAUAGUUAGUAAUAGUUUGUAUAGAAGAGUGAAUACAGAUUGUCUGAGUGCUUGGGAGAAGCUACAUCAAGAAGAUUUUUCUGUUUUAUGUGACAGCUGAUCACUCUAAAUGAGAUUGUUGUCAGUGCAGGCCCACUAGAGACAACAGCUUUUGGAAAUAUUGCAUGAAAAAUUAACAGAAACUGAGCUUUGGUGGAUACAUCCAACUUUGAGGGCAUUUAAACAGAGGAGUAAAGAAGCAGCAAGGACUCAGUGAUUGCCAGCACUCAGCUCUGCUCUGCUCUCCUGUCCUGCUUUUCUGCAGCUCUGAUGUCACUUUGGACAAGGCUCUCGUGGUGCUAUUCCUGUCUGACCAAAAUAAUACCAAAAUCCUUCUUUAGUCCCUGCUCCUUCAGGACUCGGAGUCCUUCACGGCUUGUUCAGUUCAGCUCCAAGCCAAAAAUAGAUUUACUACAUGUAAGUAAGGAAAAUGAUGCUUAGAAGAACAUGAAACAAAAUGUGGAGCUCCUUUUUUUAUGGAAAGGAGAGGGGAAAAAAGCUCCUUGUUAUGGAAAGGAUAGGAAAAAAACCCUAAUAAUUUCCCUGCAGAGACUGAAAAGCAGAAUUACUGAGCUACACUUUCUAGAUUUACUCACUUUAAACAUUGAGCAAAGGGAAGAGGGAAUUUGCUGAAUAACAACAGCAAAAUGUAAAAAGUCUGGAAAACCUUUGGAAAAGGCAAAGUUUCAAAUAUGGAUGGAGGCAGAAGCAGGUUUUAAUUACACCAUUGUCAGAGCAAAACUGCAGAAAGGCUUGGCAGGUUGCAAUUCAUUGUAGUCUUGUCUAUCACUUUUUGUUGCCAGGCUCAAAAAUGAGGUAGAUGAGAGAAGUUUUUGCAUAACAGUUGUAAAAUAUUGUCACUAACCCACCCCCACACACCCAUUUUAUUUCACACUGACAAAAGCUGAGAUGAAUGAGUUGUCUGGCCCUUCCCACUUUGUAUAGUCAUUGGCUGGCUUGGUUCUAAAAGGGAUUUUAAAAAGGGGAAUAAUGUGCCUUUGGCCAGGAUCUGAGGCUGUCAGGGUGCUGAAAAGCUGAUCUGUGACCAUGCAGAUCCCUUGGGCUGUGUGUGCUGUCUGUGUCCUGACACAAAUCACGCUUCACUCUGUGCAAGGCUGGCAGGUGUUUAAAAAUGAUGCUACAGAAAUCAUUCCUGAGAUCACUGAAAAUCCAGAAACGCCAAUGGAGCCGGCUUUCAGCAACAACAACACCAUGAACCAGGCAAAACAUGGAGGAAGACACAUACAACAAACUCCAGACCUCAGUGAUGCCGCCUUCAGCUGCCGGGAGGUUCGCACCACGCGGUUCCUGACGGACGGGCCGUGCCGCAGCCUGAAGCCGGUGAAGGAGCUGCUGUGCUCGGGCCAGUGCGAGCCCUCGCACCUGCUGCCCAACUCCAUCGGCCGCGGCAAGUGGUGGCGGCAGAACGCGCCCGAUCUCCGCUGCAUCCCCGCGCACAGCCGCACCCAGCGCGUCCUCAUGGCCUGUCCCCAGCAGGAGACGCGGACUUACAAAUUCCGGGCGGCCACGGCCUGCAAGUGCAAGCGCUACACCCGCUACCACAACCAGUCCGAGCUCAAGGACUUCGGCAAGGACGUGCCCCGGCCCCAGAAGAACAAGAAAGCGCAUCUGGCCAGAGCCAGGAGCGGCAAAUCCAACCAGCACGAGCUGGAAAAUGCCUAUUAGGAGGGAAGGAUGGAUGGAUGGGUGGAUGGAUGGAUGGAUGGAAGGAUGGAGGUGGCUCUGGGUUGUUGAGUUUGUGAGGUGCCCAGGAUGAGGUGAGAAUCUGCCUCCCAUGUUCUCAGAAGGCUGAUUUGUUAUUUUAUGGUAUUAUAUUGUAUUAAAAGAAUAUACUGAAACUAAGAGAAAGGAUACAGCCAGAAGGCUUGACAAGAAUGAUGAUGAAAAAGUCGUGGCUGACUCCUCAGAGUCCGACACAGCUGGUGGUGAUUGGUCAUUAAGUAAAAACAAUUCACAUGAAACCAAUCAAACCUGUUGGUAAACAAUUCCAAAGCAGCAAAACAGGGAGAAGCAAAUGAGAUAAUAUUGUUUUCACUUUUCUCUGAGGCUUCUCAUCUUCCCAGGAGAAGAAAUCCUGGCGAAGGGAUUUUUCAGAAAAUGUGGCAGUGGCACUGGGCGACACAGACCAGCAGCUCCAGAUGUUUGCUGAACCAUCAAAAGGCACUCGGAGGUCACACCUUGAUGUUCUGACUGCAGAAGGUUCCAAUUCCUUCUGCUGAGCUGGGUCAAAUAGGCAAAAAAAUGGGUCAGAUUGUAGCACUUAUGUGUGAUAAAGAAUGAGAUAAAGGCAGCUGGAGGCACCUGUCACUACAGGACACGAAAUAACACGCAGCUCUCUCAAGGCAAAAAGAGAAUUUUUAAUUUCUGGCUCCAGCAUUUAUAGAUUUCCAAAAGUGACAGUGGAUUGGAGGGUGACAGUGCCACCUCUCCAAUGACACUGGACAAACCAACAGCCUGUCAAAUUUCUCCUCCUCCAGAAAAGAAUGCAAAACAAUGAGUUAUUAACAUAAAGCAUAUGAGGAAAUUUGUUACAAGAAUGCAAACAUCAGAAAGCUUAGAAAAACUUAAAUAUGAGUUUUUCAGGAGAGAAGGACCCUUCCAUGUGCAUGCUGGACAAAUAAAUUAAAGUUUUCUCCCCCAGUCUCACGGGUUUGCUGCUGUCACUCACUUGUGUUGUCCUUCCUGCAGCUCAAAGAAUUGCAUCUUGUCUUGCUCCCAGCACUGGGCAGUUGUUUAUGCCCUGUAAAACAAAAAUACUGCAAGCCUUGUGGAUAAUCAACCAGUAUUGCUGGGGAGAAUUAAAUUCCUGAGUUCACCGGAAAAUAUUUAGCGUUAGAUUUUAAAUGUAAAACCAUUGGAUUAUUAGAUUAUCGAGUCACCAGAACACAUUUAGCGCUAGAUUUUAAAUGUAAGACCAUGAGAUUUAUUGAGUUCAUCAGAAAAAUCAGGGUGACAGGAGGUGCAUGGCAGUUUGUGUGUCCUGGAGGAGCAGGGAGGCAGAGGAGAGCGAAGCUGGUGUGGGCACAGCCACAUUUUGCUUUAUUCCAAAGGGAACAUUUACAGGAAUAGAAUCUUGGAAUCCGUUCCCCAGACCAGGAUGCAGGACAAGGCUGCAGUUAUGAAAGCACCAGGAGAGUCUCUGAAGGCGCCCUAGAAGGUUUGGGGCAGCAGGGAUUUCAGGUUCUGGUGGGUGAAGUCAAAUUGUUGGGAAAUGAGCACAUUACCAGAUGUCCUCGUGCACCAGGUGUUGCCUCUCGAACUGAAAUGUGACGUUAAUGUUCUCAAAACAGAAGUAAAAGUGUGACAAAUCCAUCUCAUAUUUUUAAUUAGAAGCUUAUGGGGUUGACAAGUUCAAAACUGGCGACUAGAACCAUAUUGAUUUGGGAACAAUGAUUUGUUUUAGGGACAAUUCAACAAAUUCUCCUGGAACUGGAGUGGAGCAGAUUUAUGAACAAGAUGCUCCUCCCAAACCAGAUAAGCUCACUGAUGUUUGUCCUGUAAGCAGCUAACAUUAUCCAUAGCCUAACAUAGAAUAUAGUGAUUAUUCCUUAUUUCCUAGAACAUGUUUGACUUUAAUAUCAGCUUAGACACAUCCAUUUACAUUUUCUGUUCUGUAGAGGUUGGAUUAUGUGGCCACACACUCUGUAGCAGUAAAACUGUGCAAACCAAGCUCUGGGAGUGAGGUGGUGCUUCUGCAUUAAAAGUGAGCCUCUGCUAAGUCAUGAAUUCCUCUAGAAAAGUCUUUAGGAUAUGCAACUUUGUUUUUUCUUUAGUUUGGCAGCAAUUUUCCUUUGCUUAGCUUCUCAACACUCAGAGUAAUGUUUAUGGUUUUACAUUAAAGGAUAUUGUUAGAAAGUGAAUUGUCAAAUGCUGUAUACAUCCUGUAGAAUUUAUGCUGAAAUAAUAUGAAUGUGGAAAUUUGAAAUGUUGAUAGAUUUUUCAGUUGUUUUAUGUGAGACCAGAACCUAGGGACAAAAGAUAUCAUUUCAGAGAGUGAAUUAUGUAUUUAUUUUUUUCCAGAAAAUUAUUUAUGCAAUGUUUCAACUUGUAGAGAACGAGAAGUAAUACUGCUUUAAAAAUAUUAGUCUGUUAUUUUUAAUUUUAAAUAAAUUGUUAAUAAAGUAGAAACAAUGA